GCGAAAUUCUCAGAAUAUAAAAUAAAAGGUGAAAUGGCGUUUCAAGAUUUCGACAAGAUCCAAGAACGUGUAAACGCCAACAGGAAACGCAAGAUCAGGAAGAGGAUGAUCGUUGGAACAGUCUCUUUGCUUGUAGUUGUUGCUGCCAUUAUUGGAGGAGCUUUUGCUUAUGUUGCAUAUGAGAAGAAAAACGAACAACAAGCAAAGAACAACAACAAAAACAACGACAACAACGCCAAAUAUAGUCAGAAAAAGAGCCAGAGCCCUAGCCCAACCCCGAAGGUGCCUGUUUCAGUGGCACAAUCAGUGAAACCCGGUCAGACUGAUAUAAUAAUUCAAAAUCUUUGCAGUUCAACACUGUAUAAGCUAAGCUGCGAGAAAACGUUCAAGAACAGAACAGAGAAGAGUUUUUCUUUGGAAAAGCCGACAAUCAUUUUGCAGUCUGCCAUUAAAGCUGUCAAUGAAGAUCUCGACCGAGUUUUAGAGAAGGUUUUGAGUCUAAAGACCGAUAACCAGUUUGAUAAAGAUGCAAUUUCACAAUGUAAGUUGCUUGUAGAAGACGCUAAGGAGGAAAUUGUCGCAUCACUGAACAUAGUCAACAACACAGAAAUCAACAAUUUCUCAAAAAUAGUUCCCAGUUUGGACAGUUGGCUAAGCGCGGUGAUGUCAUAUCAGGAAACAUGCCUUGACGGGUUUGAGGAAGGUAGUCUAAAAUCUGAAGUUAAGAAGAGCGUAAAUUCUUCUCAGGUUUUAACCAGCAAUUCCCUCGCAAUGAUUCAAUCCUUUGGAGAAAAACUCUCUCCUGUUACAAAGGUCGCAACACGAAAUCUACUUGACAAAAUCCCAAAUUGGGUAAGCAAUGAGGAUAGAAGAAUGUUGAGGGCAGUUGAUGUGAAGGCUUUGAAUCCUAACGCUACUGUGGCUAAAGAUGGCAGUGGAAAUUUCACAAGCAUUAAUGAUGCUCUGAAAGCAAUGCCUGAGAAAUAUGAGGGAAGGUACAUUAUCUACGUAAAACAAGGUGUUUAUGAAGAAUAUGUAACUGUUGAUAAGAAGAAGGCAAACCUUACUUUGGUUGGAGAUGGAUCUCAGAAGACGAUUGUGGCCGGAAAUAAAAGCCACACAAAGAAAGUCCACACUUUUAUCACGGCAACAUUUGUUGCACAAGGAGAAGGGUUCAUGGCACAGUCAAUGGGGUUCUGGAAUACGGCUGGGCCAGAGGGACAUCAAGCUGUCGCAAUACGUGUUCAAUCUGAUCGAUCAAUUUUUCUCAACUGUCGAUUUGAAGGCUACCAAGACACAUUGUAUGCCUACACGCACCGUCAGUACUACAGAAGUUGUGUGAUUGUGGGAACAAUUGACUUCAUAUUUGGAGAUGCAGCUGCCAUCUUCCAAAACUGUAACAUCUAUAUCAGAAAGGGCAUUCCAGGACAAAAGAAUACGGUGGCCGUUCAAGGACGUGUCGAUCAGUUUCAGACAACUGGUUUUGUGUUCCAAAACUGUAAAAUUGCUGCAAACGAACAUCUUAUGCCUGUCAAGGCAGAGUACAAGAGUUAUCUUGGGCGACCCUGGAAGAGAUUCUCUCGAACAAUUGUAAUGGAAUCUACAAUUGAGGAUGUGAUCGAUCCGGUUGGAUGGUUGAGAUGGCAAGAUACAGAUUUUGCGAUAGAUACAUUGUAUUAUGCGGAGUACAAGAACAAAGGACCAUGUGGAGAUACAAGUACCAGGGUUAAUUGGCCUGGAUUUAGGGUCAUAAACAAGGACGAAGCUUUGAACUAUACUGUUGGACCGUUCUUACAAGGAGAUUGGAUUAAUGCAAUAGGUUCUCCCGUUAAGUUUGGUCUUUAUGAUGCUUGAUGAGAUUUUGUUGCUUGCUGAGAAGCUAAUGGGGUGACUUGUUUUGUAUUUAAGGGAUUCAGAAAUGAAUUAAAAAUUGCAUCCAUAAAUUGUUUUUUUGGACAUAUA